CUCCCCGCCACCCCCCACGCCGCUGCGUUUCCUUAUUCGGGACCCAGCGACGUUGCCUGGCUCCUUUUAUGAACAACAAAACCGUGAUGAAGGCAACAGGAGUCAGAAGCUAUUCAGCACAGGAAGCCCCUGUAUCCGGUGAGGAAUAAGAAGUACCGCAGCAGGAUGCGCCUUGGGUCAGGGGGCCGCGGAACGCCUUCGGCCUUUGUGUCCUUCUCUGUGACGGAGCGUCCACGUCUGAGCCCUCAGGUCCCCUCGGAGCUCAGCCGGGGCUGCCGCCGUCACCGCCCGCCUGCCGGCUUCCCGCCCGGGGGGACUCGGAGGCCACGAUGGCCGGCUCUGCCGGCCUGCUGCUGCUGCUGCUGCUGGUCCCGCCCCGGGUGGGGGCCGCCGCUGACCAGGAGGCCGUGGUCUGCGCGGGGGCUGCCUGCUACACGGCUCACCGGGUCAAGCUGAGUGCGGAGGAAGCCCAGCUCCACUGCAGCAAGAAUGGGGGCAACCUGGCCACGGUGAAGAGCGAGGAGGAGGCCCGGCACGUCCAGGGCGCCCUGGUCCAGCUCCUGCCGCCGGGGACGCCCCUGGCAGAUCGCACAGGCAGGUUCUGGAUUGGGCUCCAGAGAGACAAGGGCAAGUGCUUGGACAGCAACCUGCCCCUGAAGGGCUUCAGCUGGGUGGGCGGCGGAGAGGACACGUCGUACACCAACUGGCACAAGGAGGCCAAGAGCUCCUGCACCUCCAAGCGCUGCGUGUCCCUGAUGCUGGAUCUGUCCAUGCCGGCCCUGGCCAGCCGCCUCUCCAGGUGGGCCGAGGGCCCGUGUGGGAGCUCCAAGUAUUCUGGGAGCACCAAUGAGGGCUUUGUGUGCAAGUUCAGCUUCAAAGGCAUGUGCCGGCCGUUGACCCUGGGGGGCCCAGGCCAGGUGAACUACACCACCCCCUUCCAGGCCAGCCGCUCCUCUCUGCAGGCCGUGCCCUUUGGCUCCAUGGCCAACGUGGCCUGCGGGGACGGGGACGGGAGCGGGCAGCAUUACUUCCUGUGCAAGGAGAAGGCGCCUGGCGUAUUUGACUGGGAGAGCUCGGGGCCCCUCUGCAUCAGCCCCAAGUUCGGCUGCGACUUCAACAACGGAGGCUGCCAGCAGGACUGCUUUGAGGGCGGGGACGGUUCUUUCCGCUGCGGCUGCCGGCCCGGGUUCCGGCUGCUGGACGACCUGGUCACCUGCGCCUCUCGGAACCCUUGCAGCUCCAGCCCGUGCGGAGGGGGGGCCGUGUGCGUCCCUGGGCCCCCCGGGAAGGACUUCACGUGUCGCUGCCCCCCAGGCUACCAGCUGGACUCGACGCAGCGGGACUGCGUGGACGUGGAUGAGUGCCAGGAGGUCCCCUGCGCCCAGGAGUGUGUCAACACCCCCGGGGGCUUCCGCUGCGAGUGCUGGGUGGGCUACGAGCCCAGCGGCCCCGAAGUGGGGACCUGUGUGGAUGUGGACGAGUGUGUCCCUGGCCGCUCGCCCUGCGCUCAAGGCUGCACCAACACUGACGGCUCCUUCCGCUGCUCCUGCGAGGAGGGCUACGUCCUGGCCGGGGAGGACGGCACCCGGUGCCUGGACGUGGACGAGUGUGCAGGCCCACAGGGCGGCCUCUGUGACAGCCUCUGCUUCAACACAGAGGGGUCCUUCCGUUGCGGCUGCCUGCCGGGUUGGGAGCUGUCCCCCGACGGGGUCUCCUGCACCGGGGGCCCCACAUCCCCGGGACCACCGGCUGGAGCUCCCCAAGGGGAGGACACAAAAGAUGGAGAAGGGAGGCUCGUGCCUUCUGCCACAACGUCCAGUCCCACCAGGGACAACUCCGAGGGCACCUCUGCGGUGACUCCGGCUACCAGGAAACCCUCCCCGCCAGACAGCAUUCCCAUUUCCCUUGCCCCACCUGACAGGCUGGUCUCCAGUGGGUCCCCUGGCAUCUGGAUGGAGCCCAGCACCCGUCACCCCACGGCCACCACUGACCGUGGGGCGUCCACAGGUGAGGAUUUCAGCGCCAAACAAAGUGAUGACGGCACGGACGGGCAGAAGCUGCUCCUGUUCUACAUCCUGGGCACCGUGGUGGCCAUCCUGCUCCUGCUGGCUCUGGCUCUAGGGCUGCUGGUCUUUCGCAAGCGCAGAGCCAAGAGGGAGGAGAAGGAGAAGAAACCUCAGAGCGCAGCAGACAGCUACGCCUGGGUCCCCGAGCGAGCCGAGAGCAGGGCCACAGAGAACCCCUACAGUCCAACGCCGGGGACGGACUGCUGAAGCUGAGGAGGCCUUGAGAUCACUGACAGUGACCACUAUCCUCAGAGCCAGGUUUCUGUUGGAAGCAGGACCCCCGUUCUCCUGGAAGACUGGACUGGAAUCUUAGCAAAUAGUUGUCAACCUUCUCUUUCAAUGCCUGGCAACUUGAACCGCGCAGGUAUCACACGCGUGUGGUGUGGACGUGGUGGGUUGGGUGUCAUGUCAGAAAGUUUAUGCGUUAACAAUUCUCCCUUCCUCUCCCUGUUCAAAUUCAAAUGUGACUGAGUUCGUUGUACCGGGAGUGACAAGUCAGGUGGUAACGGGCUCCCUUUGAACUGCCUCUGCCCACAUAAACCAUCUAAGAAGAGGCCGUGAACCAGGGGAAAUUAGGACUGAAAUGAUUUGUGCCUCCUGGUGUGACAGAGGCUGGAGUCUAUCAACUGUUUGAUUACGUAAGAAGCUCUGUUUCUGUCCGAGGAACGUGUUCAGGCUAGAGACAUUCCUUUGCAUUCCUGCGUUUCCAUCUGCUUCGGUGGCACGGAGGCAGGACCUUUAGAAAUCACAUCUUCUAGUUCUUCAGGUUCUAAUAGUCUCCAGUUUAUUUGCAAAUGAAGUCUCAACAACGUGGGGAAAAUUGUAUGAAGCGAGUUAAAAGUGUUUUUGGAAACUAGAGUGAGAGGGCAGGGUUUAUUUCAAAACUACUUGAAUCAAUUUGUCUAAAUAAAUGUACUGACGUUACCACAUGCUUGAUUGAUGAGACAGACACUCGUGAGGACAAAGGUCAAGGACCACUGGUCUCCAGGCCAGGUGGCCCCAUCCCCCCGAUGCUGUCCUGCCUUCCCUGCAGCUGCCCGGGCUUGGAUGCCCUGAUGGUUUCUGGAGGAUGUGAGAGAACUGCUGGACUGAGGUUUAAAGGUGUCAUCAUAAGCGCUGAGCACAGUUCAUGGUGGCUGACGCCUCCUGAGUGCUGAUGCUGGCUUGUGGCCGCAGCACAGCCAAGUCAGCUCUAGUCCCGCGGGUGCUGGCCCAGCACUGCCUACGGCACAGGUGUCCCCUGGCUCUUUUCCUUAAAACAGAGGGAGACGAGGGAGGGAGCGAGAAUGGGAGAACUAAGAUCUUAAGCAACCGCAGACCCUGCUCUCACCCAUUUGAAUUUACAGCCUCGUGUUUAAGUGCUCACUUGCAAAGAUUUCCCACGACUAAGACGGUUGUGGUCGGUGGCGCUCUGUCCCUGCUGAUUCUGCCCGAGACCCUGGAAAGCAGCCCGGGAUUCACUGCAGGUCGGAGCCCUUAGAAGCUGCCUGAGACGCACAAGAGGCCCGGGUUCCUGGAGUGGGGUGGGGGUGGGGGGUGCAGGACAGACAAAGGGAACCGUUUCCAGGAUCCAAACUCCACCCCAGAAUUUGGCACCCCAUGUGCACAGCCUUCAGAGCCAAGUAGAUGUCCUUUUUGCCAGUUUUGAAAUGUAGGUGCUGUAGCUCAGAUUUUUAAGAAAAGAAAAUGGAAAACUGGAGGGGGAUGGGGGAAGGAAGAAAGGAUGGAGGCCUGAGGCGGCCCAUCGGGGGGUUCGGAGUGUCUGCUUUUUGAAGUCACCUAAUAGUCUGCAGUUCCCACGUGGAACACUGGGGUUUAACACUCCAGGGAGGGUAAAGGCUGUGCCCCUCGGCCCUGGGGCGCUGGGCGGUGUGCCGCAACGCGUGUGUUGCUGGCCGGUAUCUGCACUUACAGGAAAUACUUUAUUCUAGGCUUUUACAGCCCUCAUGCUUGCCACUGGGGUGAGGGGGACCUUGCUAACAUAGGCUGCCCCUGACCCCCGUGGUCCCAUGGCCUUGAAUUGGCCGAGGUCCCCAAUAUGCCCUUGGUUUCAGUGUCCGUUUGAUUUCUUCCACAGCCCGGCCCCAUUUGGUCUCCGUGUUUGAAUUCUUCUCUGGAGGGAAUACGCAGCCCCCUUUGUCCCACCCCACCCUUGCCCCACCGUGUCACCCCCAAGGGGAGAAAUGGGUGGAUAAAUAACAGUUUCUCCAAAUCCCCUCCGUCAGAGUUGGCCCCUCUGCAGGCAAGUGGGGUCUACCUGUCCUCACGGCCACCGCCCAGCAAUGGCCACAGUCCCCAAACUGGACGACCUCGGGCGAUGACUCUGAUGAAAAGCCUCAAGCCGGUGCUUUCUUGUCCCAUUGAGCACCACUGUUAUUUCUUCUGGGGUAUUUAAAUCCUCGUUUUGGGAGCUUGGGGCCAAUUAACAAAGAUUCCGUUUCUCCAGAGGCCGAGGUAGCUCGGCUGUGACAUCCAGGGAAACAGACGGAUGGAGCAUGGGGAGAGGUGAGCUCUGCCACGCCCAGAUUCUUCCAGCCGUGACCCUGGGCUGGACAGGCAUGGACCAGGCGCUGUUCUGUCCCUGACUCCCUGACCUGCCAAGCAGCAGAGCAGGCCGGGUGCUGAGGUCAAGGAGAGGCUUCCCUUGACAAUAGGUUCAGAGAUAGCUGGGACUUUCUUCCAAACAGAAUUUCCAAUUGUUCAAUGCUUUUAUAUUCAGGACAAACUCACCACCUCCUGAGGAGAUAAUUUAAAGGGAGGAUGUCUCCUUAAACACGCCCGUUCUUGAACUUCAGGGACAGUCACUGUGAUCACUGCUCUCUUCUCUCGUUGGCCAUUUGGAGGGACUGAUGCAGGAGGACAGUCCCCUGGGGAAGUGGAGUGUAGACAGCCAAGGGUGCGGCGAUUCUCCGAAAGUUCCUUGGGCAUGGAGGACCUGGUGAGCAUCCUUUGUACCCUGAGCCCACGGCUGCUCCACGGGGUGGCCUCGAGGCAGAAGCAGCCAUGCUGGUGUCACUUUUGGUGCCGGGGUGCCAUGUUCCCAGUGGUCGGUGAAUUCGUCAGUUCCGGCCUGAGGCUGGGAGGGAGGCACGCUGCGGUCACCGCCGGGCCUGGCAAGGCCACCUCAGGCCUAAGUGCCUGUGAAUGAUAGACUGGCAACCUCUCCAAAAGGCUUGUCCUCACCUCUUCCCCAGGAUCAGGCAAAAAAGUGGAAUAAGAAGUUAAACAUGUAUGUGCGUGUGCUCGUGUACCGUGUGCAGGAGGAGCCGAGCUGGGAAUGAAUCUCUCUCUUGCACACACGUGUGUGUAGCUGAGUCUUUUACAUUCUGAUCGUGAGCCCUUGUUUGAACACAUGGUGAGGGGCCUGGAUUUUAGCCCCAAACAACUUCUGAAGGAUGUAGAUUUGAUGAUUAACUACUUUUAUUCCAAUUCUCUUUCCCAUAUAUAUUUCUAUGAAAACUAAGAGAACAGAGAUGAGAUUUGACCCCCCAAAAAGUGCUAAAUUCAAAAUAAUGCAGUUUUUUUUUAAAGCAAAUAUAGGAAAGCCUUUUCCUAUUAUUUUUCUUCUUAGCUUCUCCAUUGUGUAAAUCAGGAAAACAGGAAAGCAUUGCUUUCUAGCAGCUGCAAAAUGGUGUAAUGUCCCCUACAUAUUUCCAUCCCUGAAACAAUAGGUUUAGCAUGGGAAUCUGAGAUAUAAAUUCCCUGAAAACAUCUGUCCCUCUCUGGCCGCAAAAUCCACUGCUUCAAUCUGUGCUGUUUGUGGAGUUUGUCAACCCAAAAAAAGAGGAUGAUAAAACUCUCCACGUGUUCGUUACUUGAGUGCCUUAUUCCAGUCCAGAUUCCUGGGACUAAAACUCACCGAAGCGCUUUUUUAAAAAAUGAAGUGUGUUUUGGUCUGUUCCUGGAGAUAAUGCCCAUCUGUUUUAGGAAGAAAUUCUGGAAUUCCUUUCUCGCAUUGUUCCUGUUAUCUGCGAGAGGGCAAGUGUUUCCUUUCAGCAGAUUUCGCCCACCGUUCCCCUGGCCUGAAGCUCUUUUUGCAUAUUUGGCUUAAGCUUGAAUUAGAUCAUAGGCUAGGCAGGCUUGGCCACAUUAGAUGCUAUUGUAAAUGUCAGCGGUCCCUCCGUGAGUGCUAAAUGAGAAUGUAAGUCUUUUUGAAUGUGUUUCUGAAGUUUGUUCCCCUGAUGCUGGAAUCAUGGGCUUUCUAGGCAGGGUCAUUUCAUCCCAGGCCAAGGGAGGGUGGGCUGGAUGCUGUGCUACCCUCAGGCCUCUGAGAGGCAGGGUGGUGUCUCUGGUCAGCCUCCGAAGUGGGUUGUUAUCCACUGUGAUUUGUUUCGCAUCUAGCCUAAUAAACUCCGAGACACAUUGCUGUCAACCUGAUUCAAUAUGUUUCAUAACAGCUCAA